AAGACACGUGGUUCAAGUUUGGCCGUCAACUGACUGCCCUUAAAAAUAUACCGCGCAUCGCUCGAAUUCUUCGCGGAGUCAGGAUCUUUCUCUAUAAAAAAAUCUUCUCGGCCUCCAAAUUUCUCCCACGGAUCUGAGAAAUCUAAAGGUUUUGUGAGUGAAUACUUGAGGAUAUGGGUAGUUCUGAUUUUUCAUGGAAACUGGCGGAUCACCCAAAGCUUCCGAAGGGGAAGACAGUAGCCGUUGUUGUUUUGGAUGGAUGGGGCGAGGCUAACCCUGAUGAAUACAAUUGCAUCCACACAGCCAAGACGCCGACCAUGGACUCCCUUAAGACGGGUGCUCCUGAAAAAUGGCGCUUGGUGAGGGCUCAUGGGACUGCUGUGGGGCUUCCAACUGAAGAUGACAUGGGCAACAGUGAAGUUGGACACAAUGCACUUGGGGCAGGACGUAUCUUUGCACAAGGUGCUAAGCUUGUGGAUCUCGCACUUGCCUCUGGAAAAAUAUAUGAAGGAGAAGGUUUUCAAUACAUCAAAGAAUCCUUUGACAAAGGUACCUUGCAUCUGAUUGGAUUGCUAAGUGAUGGAGGUGUACACUCUCGCCUUGAUCAAUUACAGUUGCUGCUGAAAGGUGCGACUGAGCAUGGGGCUAAAAGAAUCAGAGUGCAUUUUCUAACUGAUGGCCGAGAUGUCCUGGAUGGAUCCAGUGUAGGCUUUGUGGAAACUCUUGAAAAUGACCUUGCGAAUUUGCGUGAAAAAGGCAUUGAUGCGCAGAUUGCAUCUGGUGGUGGACGGAUGUAUGUUACCAUGGAUCGUUAUGAGAAUGAUUGGGAUGUUGUUAAACGUGGCUGGUAUGCUCAGGUUCUUGGUGAAGCACCUCACAAGUUCCAAAAUGCAGUUGAAGCUGUGAAAGAGCUCAGAAAGGAACCAAAGGCUAAUGAUCAAUACUUGCCUCCAUUUGUCAUAGUUGAUGAAAGUGGUGAAGCAGUUGGUCCUAUAGUGGAUGGUGAUGCUGUUGUAACCUUUAACUUCCGAGCAGACCGAAUGGUUAUGCUGGCUAAAGCUCUUGAAUAUGAAAACUUUGAUAAAUUUGAUCGUAUUCGUUUUCCAAAGAUUAGAUAUGCUGGAAUGCUUCAAUAUGACGGUGAAUUAAAGCUUCCAAGUCAUUACCUUGUUUCUCCUCCGGAGAUAGAAAGGACAUCAGGUCAAUACCUGGUGAAAAAUGGCAUUCGUACUUUUGCUUGCAGCGAGACAGUGAAGUUUGGUCAUGUCACCUUUUUCUGGAAUGGAAAUCGAUCUGGAUACUUUGAUUCAACAAAGGAGGAGUAUGUUGAAAUUCCAAGUGAUGUUGGGAUCACUUUUAACGUUCAACCUAAAAUGAAGGCACUUGAAAUUGCUGAGAAGGCAAGGGAUGCUAUUCUCAGCGGCAAGUUUGACCAGGUACGAGUGAAUAUACCGAAUGGUGACAUGGUAGGGCAUACUGGUGAUAUUGAGGCUACCACCGUGGCUUGUGAAGCUGCUGAUGUAGCUGUAAAGAUGAUUCUUGAUGCCAUUGAGCAAGUGGGUGGCAUCUAUGUUGUCACUGCAGAUCAUGGCAAUGCUGAGGACAUGGUGAAAAGGAAUAAAUCUGGGAAACCACUUCUUGACAAAGAAGGGAAAAUUCAAGUUCUCACUUCUCAUACCCUGCAGCCGGUUCCCAUUGCCAUUGGAGGCCCUGGCUUGAGUCCAGGUGCUCGUUUCAGGAGCGAUGUGCCUAGUGGUGGCCUUGCCAAUGUUGCUGCUACCGUAAUAAACUUCCAUGGCUUCCAAGCUCCCGCUGACUAUGAGACCACCCUCAUUGAAGUGGUUGACAAGUAAAUUUAAUCUCGACUUUUAUCUAUUUGUAAUAUGCUAUUGUGAUUCUUAUAAUUCUGGUCAUUAGAUAUGCUUGAAUAAAUUUUCUCUACCUGAACUGGAGAUUUGUCUUUACAGUUGAGAGGCGGUGGCCUAAGUUUUGGUGUCCACUAUAGUUUGUAUUCAUGUGGGGAGUUUCACCCAUAAUGACUUAUGUUUUGAUUAUUUUCGUAACUUAAGAGAUGUUUUAUUAUGGGAA